CCUUCUGAAACAUGUUAGAAAGAGACUACAUGUCUGUCAGGUUUUUAACAGGAAAAAUGGGCAUAUUAUUUCUCGUCUUGCCCCUGGUCUUGCUCUCAGUUCAGUUGUCCUGGGCUCAGGAAGACCCUCUUCUCCCUUUCUCAGAAGUUCUGGACCCCAACCUCAAAGUGCGUCUGAAGUGGGGAUUUGAUGAGAUCCAGGGCACCAUCUUAUUUGAGCUCAGCGUCACCACCAGCGGCUGGAUAGGUUUUGGCUUCAGCCCCAAAGGAGGAAUGACUGGAGCUGAUAUUGUCAUUGGAGGAGUUGGGCUAAAAGGCAAUUAUUUCACGGACCGACAUGCUGAGGGGAAUUCCAUGCCUGCGGUGGACCAGCAACAGAACUACAAACUCCUGUCUCUAACCGAGUCCAACGGGACAACAGUCAUGAAGUUUCAGAGGUCCAUUGAGGCCUGUGAUGUAAAUGAUUUACCCAUCAUGAAUCUUCCCAUCAAGCUGAUCUAUGCAUAUGGACAGACUGAUGACAUCACAUAUCACGGUACCACCAAAAGGGGCACAAAGGAGUUGAACCUGUUGAAGUACAUGCCUCGUGUCACCCCUCCAAACAGCAAUUAUUUCGACAUGACCAUGGCCAAUUUCACGGUACCAGCCAACCAGACCUACUAUCACUGCAAGAUCAUGAAAGCCCCAACCUUUAAUCAGAAACAGCACAUUUAUCGGAUUGGACCGGUGAUUGAAAAUCAUGAUCUAGUUCAUCACCUGCUGCUGUACCGCUGCCCACCAAGUGUUACACAGCCAUCUGAAUCUAAAUGCUACACCGGCGUGAAUAAUGAGUGUAUGGAGGUCGUUGCUGUGUGGGGAGUUGGAGGAGGGGAUUUUGAUCUCCCUGCAAUGGCAGGACUUCCAAUUGGAGGAAAUGUUGCCAAUUUUCUCUAUAGACUUGAAGUGCAUUACAACAAUCCAAAUAAAACUGCAGGUCGAGUUGAUAACUCAGGUCUACGAUUCUAUUAUACUUCUGAACUCCAUCAGCAUGAUGCAGCUGUUCUCAUGACAGGACUUGGGGUGUACCCUGGGUAUGCCAUCCCACCCAAUGCCAAGUCUUUCCUCACGUAUGGCCUGUGUGACACUGCUUAUAUUCCACAGGUUCUGUCUGAGACUCCACAGGAUCUUCAGGUGUUCUCUGUGAUGUUGCACACACACUUAGCUGGACGGAAGGUGCGAGUCGGACAUUUCAGAGCGGGAAAACAGAUUGAUUUCCUAGCCUUGGAUGAAAACUAUGAUUUUGAAUACCAGGAAGUGACGAACUUGGGGAAAACUAAGACAGUGAAGUUGGGUGACAAAUUACUGGUGGAGUGUACGUAUCACACUGCAAAUCGCACCAAACUCACAUGGGGGGGGCUCUCAACAUCAGAUGAGAUGUGUUUGGCUUUUCUGUUCUACUAUCCAGCCUUGAAUCUGAGCGGCUGUUUGAGCUUCCCUAAUUUAUCAGCUUUAAGAACUGAGAUGGGAACACCAGAUCCAAUAAACUGGCUCACAAUGAUGUCCACAAAGGCUUGGAAUGACACGUCUAUCAAUCAGUAUCAACAAACACUGAAAAGAAUCAACCAGGUUGUUUUAGUUACUGACUCAUAUAAAAACAUGUCACGGAAUACUGGGACGAUUCCUGAUCUUACUGUCAUGCCGCCUGCACCCUGCAUGAGUGGUUGUGCCACCAGAUGUCUUGCUUGGAUGUCACUUCUCAUCUGGUUGACAGUGCAGUGGGCUUCCUUAUGAAACUUUCUUGAGCAAAAUAGUGAUGUUAAAUGAUCAUUCUAGCUGAUAACUCCACAGAUUAGAGCAACUUGGAAACCAGAACCUGAGAACAUUCCUUAAAAUGAAUUGAACUUCUUACAAAUCAUAUCAAGAAGAUGGAAAUAGUCUUUACACUAGAGGUUAACCGAUAGAGAAUUAGCAGAUACCGAUAAGGUGGAAAAGGCUGAUAACCGAUUAAUGGGGCAAUAGUUUUUUAAAUUACAAGCAUUUAAAUGUUAUAGUGCAAUUCUGCUUAAUUUUAGGUUUCAACUUGUUAAUAAGUUAUGUUAAAAUGUAGUUGAUUAUGAAAUAUAUUAUUGCACAUAAUCAUAGCAUUACAGAAAAUUACAAUUGUGCUUUUUUAAAUUAAUUUCUCACACUGCAUUUUUUAGAGGCUUAAAUGUGAUUAAAACUAUUGUAAAUGGA